GUCCAUUGGAUCCAUUGGAUCCAAUGGACACUUUCGUCUGGCUAUCUCACUGGCCUAGUAUCUACAUGAUAAUAAUGAUCACGGACGGAGUACCACAGGGUUCUAUCCUUGGUCCUCUAUUGUUUCUCGUUUUUAUAAACGAUUUGCCUCUACAUAUCAACACCCAAGUAGAUUUAUUCGCUGAUGACACUACCUUACUCGCUGCCACUGAUUAUAAUGAUAUUAAUGAACUUAAUGAGAAAUUAUCUCUGGAAGUCUCUAACGUUCAAAACUGGGCCAUUACCAAUAAACUGCCUCUCAAUACCACUAAGACCAAAACCAUUCUGAUUUCUGGUAAACGUCUUAAAGCUAAGCUUACUCCUGAAAAUCAAACUCUCGAUAUUAAAUUGAACGAUGGUUCAUUAGAACAAGCGCAAACUGUGAAAUUACUGGGCUUUAAUAUUGAUGAAGAUUUAAACUUUGACACUCAUGUUGAUAUAAUGGCAAUGAAACUAUCGAAACGUAUUGGAAUAUUGAAGUCUAUAAAAUCCUACCUGCCUCGAAACGAACGUAUUCUUUUCUACAAUGCUAUGAUCAAACCUCUAUUUCUCUAUUGUAGUAUAACCUGGACAAACUGUAGUAAGAACAAUAUCACUAAACUUUUCAAACUUCAAAAACGCUGUGCCAGAAUUAUCCUUGACGCUGAACCUCGCCAUUCCUCGAUUAAUCUAUUUAAUAAUCUUG